UCCCUCCAUAUAAAUUCUUCUAUGAACAAAAGGAAUAAAUAGACCUAUCGCCAUCUCUCGUUCUCUUUCCCUCUCUCUUUCUGUAGAAUGCUGAUUAAGCUCAGUAGUUUUUGAUCAUCUUCUCUGGUUUACCCUCCAUUAAACUACACACAGGUUCAAAGAAAAGCUCAGCAUAAACCUAAUCUCUCUGACAAAUUUUUCAAAAUGAAAAAACAAAAAAUCCAGGCCUAAUCUCUCAGCUUAUGAGCCACUCACUACUCUUUCCUUCACCAAACUAAUGUUUGUUCACUUAAUGGGUUCUGUUUAGCUUUGUUUCUUCUCUUAAUUUUCAAUUCAAGCAAGUUGAAGUUCUUCUUUUCAACUCUAUAUUGUUGUAUUCUAUUUCCUUUCAACAGUUCAUAUACUCUCUGCUUGCACGUACGACAGUUCAUGGAUUGCCAGAGAGAAAUAGAAGGCAAACAGUUACAUGAUCCUAUAUUCAUAGAGAAAAUGAAUAAAUCUUCACGUUGUGUACGCGUGCAAGGGCCAGUGAUCGUGGGAGCCGGGCCUUCAGGGCUAGCAGCAGCCGCUUGUCUCAGACAAAAAGGUGUCCCAAGUAUAGUCUUAGAGAGAUCUAACUGCAUAGCUUCUUUAUGGCAGCUGAAAACCUAUGAUCGUCUUAGUCUUCACUUACCUAAGCAAUUUUGCGAGCUUCCUCUCAUGGGGUUUCCUGCUGAUUUUCCUAUUUACCCUACUAAGCAACAAUUCGUUGACUACUUAGAAUCAUAUGCCAAAAAAUUUGAUAUUAGCCCAAGGUUCAACGAGACAGUCUCACAAGCUGAGUAUGAUCCCACGCUUAAGUUUUGGCGCGUGAAGACAGUAGGGGGAAAGGGGGAGGAGAAGGAAUAUAUGUGUCGGUGGCUGGUGGUGGCAACAGGAGAGAAUGCGGAGGCGCUGGUACCGGAGAUUGAAGGAAGUAAAGAAUUCAGAGGAGACAUAAGACAUACAAGCUUCUACAAAAGUGGAGAAGAGUUUAGAGGAAAAACGGUUCUUGUUGUUGGCUGUGGAAAUUCAGGAAUGGAGGUGUGUUUAGAUCUUUGCCAUCAUGAUGCCAAGCCUUCACUUGUGGUUAGAGAUACAGUGCACAUCCUACCACGAGAGAUGCUGGGAAAAUCAACUUUCGGGCUGUCCAUGUGGCUGCUCAAGUGGCUGCCCAUGCGCCUUGUCGACAAGUUUCUGCUGAUAGUAUCAUGGUUGAUGCUCGGUGACACAGCUAAAUUCGGACUGGGCCGGCCGCAGUUAGGGCCCCUUGAGCUCAAAAAUUUGUCCGGAAAGACGCCCGUAUUGGACGUUGGGACUCUAGCCAAGAUCAAAAGUGGAGACAUUAAGGUAUUUCCGGGAAUCAAGCGCCUGAAAAAUCAUGCUGCGGAGUUUGUAAAUGGAAGAACUGAGAACUUUGAUGCCAUUAUCUUGGCAACUGGUUACAAAAGCAAUGUGCCCUCUUGGCUAAAGGAAAGGGAUAUGUUUUCAGAGAAAGAUGGGUUGCCUCGAAGGCCAUUUCCAAAUGGGUGGAAAGGAGAAUGUGGGCUAUAUGCCGUGGGGUUCACUAAACGUGGCUUACUUGGUGCAGCAAUGGAUGCCAAGAGACUUGCAGCUGACAUUGAAAAGUGCUGGAAAGCUUAAGCAAAACAUUGCUUGCCCUUUUCUGGCUCACUUUUGCCCCAUGACUGGGCACCAUUCAUCAACAUGACUGAGCACCAUUCACUAGCGUAGAAUCUUCAUUGAACAAGUUUGGAGACUUUUGAUGGUGCCCAGUAGCUAGUUUUGCUCCUCCAACUGCUGAGGAACAAAAAAAGUUCCCCAAAAAAGGAGAAAUUGAAAAAAAAAACCGCUUAUUCUUCGAGAUCAAUUUCACCGGGGAAGAAGCUUGAGAUUGAAAAUGGGGGACCUGAUGAAGCAUUUAUAGUUCCGGUACGUUACAAUUUUUAUCUGAUAAGGCUUGACUCUUGUUUAACUUACCGAGUUAUUAACAAUUUUAACUAGUAUUAAUUUCUGAACUGGGAGCAGCAGAAUAUUGACUUGUAAUGAAAUCCAAAUUACUUAUUAGUGAAUUGUUCUUAGUUUCUCAGAUGGUAA